UUAUAGAAAACACAACAAUAAAAAUGGUUUCAAUGCAAGCUCUAACCAUGUUUACACCAUCAAACAUGGUUUCAUGUCCAAACACAGUUAUUUUCCCAAAUCGUCAACCCAAAAACCAUAUUUCGAUUUCUCCACCACCAGCAUGUGUUGCUAAUCAAUGUCUUCUCUUUCGUUCCACGCCUCGCCACCGGUCGUCGAUUUCUGCUCGGCCAUGCUAUCAUAAUCUUUCCGGUGUUAAUUAUUACGAUGUGAAUGGGGUUUCAGAAAUUCAACUUAAAGUACGUGAUUAUGAAUUGGAUCGAUAUGAAGUUGUUAAUAAUGCAGUGUAUUGUAGCUAUUGUCAUCUAGCAAGUUAUGAGUUAGCAAGAAAUAUUGGUCUAGAUGAUAAUGCGAUUCAGAGCACUGGUGGUAUCGCAUUCUCAAAAUUGUCUCUUACGUUUAUCUCACCUCUGAAGAGUGGAGAUGAGUUUGUUGUGAAGUCUAUAGUUUCAGAUGUAUCAGCAGCUCGUUUAUUUGCCGACCAUUUCAUUUUCAAGUUACCAAAUUAUGAGGCAAUCUUGGAAGCGAAUUCAGUAAUCGUGUUACUCGAUAAAAAUAAUCGUCCUGCUCGUAUACCAGCAGCAGUGAAAUCAAAGGUCAAACAAUUUAUAAGCAAUGAAAGUUCGGCAAUGGAUCUUAUUAAAUCUUUUCGGGCCAUUGAAUGUAAUGGCCCGGCUGAAUCCCCAUUACUAUAACAACA